ACGACAUUCUCAAUUGAAGAAACUACAAUAAAAACUGCAAAAACUAGACUCCCAAUAUAUUUUUCUACAUAAUAUCUAUAAAUUGAGAAGGUAUAUUUUGAUUCUAAAAGUGAGGAGUUACAUGAUUAAUUUUGUAAUCAUAGACGUAUUUAUCUAAUACUGAACCCUCUAUUGCAUUCUGCAGUGCAAGUGUUUGGACUCUCAGUGCCGCUGUUGACCAAUGUAGAGCCUACCUCCAUCAUUUGUUACAUUAAACAGAGAAAGAGACACCCAUACUGCACACAAGCUUCGUUGCAGAAACCAGGACAUUUUCGCGCUGCGAUAUAUUUAUUUUGGAUUCAAGAAACACGAAGAUGAUCACUUUGUAAUAGAGGGACCAUAAAGCUUUGGAAUAUAUUGUUACAUCUAUAGAAUUUAUCGAAUUUUGCCGAAUCUAAAAUGUUGGACAGAACAAUGAGACGGCAAGUACUGUUGUUUAUUUCGAUUUUUACGCUAAACUCUGUAUUUGGGCAGGUUACCUACUCCAUCCCUGAGGAAAUGUCAAAGGGCUCUCUAGUUGGUAACAUAGCACAGGAUUUAGGGCUAGACGUGAAAAGAUUGAAGUCCGGUAAGGCUCGCAUAUAUACAGAGGACAAUGCAGAAUACAUCGAGCUGAAUAAAGACAGAGGAGCCCUGCUUGUGAAAGAGAGGAUCGACAGGGAGGCGCUCUGUGGACAGACAACACCAUGCGCUUUACGUCUUCAAAUUACGCUGGAAGACCCGAUUGAAUUCUUUACAGUUACACUCGAAAUUAAUGACAUUAAUGAUAAUGCACCGAGCUUCAAAAAGGAUGAGAUGAAAUUUAGGAUUAGUGAGUCGGCUGUGAUUGGAGCAAAAUUUGUGCUGGAAAGAGCAAUGGAUCUUGAUGUCGGUAUGAACGGAUUGCGGGGUUAUUCGCUAAAACCUACAGACAACUUUAAUCUAAAAUUCCAAAAUCAGCAAGAUGGGAGUAAAAAGGUAGAAAUGGUUUUGCAAAAACAUCUAGACAGAGAGGCACAAGAUCACCUCUUUUUAACUCUUACCGCGUUUGAUGGUGGUGAUCCUCAGCUUUCGGGAACAAUGCAAGUAGAAAUUUUCGUUCUAGAUGUCAAUGACAAUGCCCCAGUAUUUACACAAGAAGUAUAUAAAGUUACUAUAAUGGAGACUGCUAUGAAAGACACAAUUUUGAGUACCGUUAGUGCUGUAGAUGCAGACGAAGGGUCAAAUGGAAAAGUAUCAUACUCAAUAACAAACACGUUGGAUGAUGUCCCUGUUAUGUUUCAAGUCGACGAAGAAAAUGGCGUGGUAGUUUUAUCUGGAACGCUGGAUUAUGAAAAAGCUCAACACUAUGAAAUACACGUACAAGCUAGUGAUGAUGGAGGACUAACAGAUUCAUGUAAGAUUAUAGUUGAGGUAACAGAUACGAACGAUAAUCCCCCGUCUAUUAAUGUCAUGUCUAAAACAAAUUCAAUAUCAGAAAAAUCUCGGCCAGGAACGGUUGUAACUAUAUUUAAUGUUCAAGAUCCUGACUCCGGAGAAAAUGGUAACGUUGCAUGUAAUAUCGAAGAAAACAUGCCCUUUCUGAUGAAAACCACGGACGAUGCAGCGGAUACAGAGUGA